UGGAGCAAACUUCGUUAAGCGUAUGAAACUCGUUCACAACAAGUGAACCAAACCCCAACCACAAAGGCCAAGACAGCGAUAUUGAUACUAAGCCAAUGAGAAGGGAUGGAAUGUUCCACGUUCAGCCACAUGAUUCACCGCAAGCCUGUUGGAGCAGUUGGCCAAGGGAUUGCAUAUCCACCAUAGAAUGAUAUCAAAGGGCGAAGAUACCGUGACCGCUAGCAGCCAUUGCGUUAUGGCAGGUUUUGAAGCUUGCAGCAAUAGUUCUGAAGAAUGACUUCAUGGUUUGCGACAACAAGAAGAUAAAAGGGUAAAUAUAUGCUGUCGUGCAUCAGGGCGAGUUUGAAAGCCGAGUACAAACAGGAUGAAAAAUGUGCGGCAGAACGUUGCAAUCCAACCGGCAGAAAAUCCUAUUGGCGCUCAAAAUGAUUCCUCCAGAGAUCCAAGUCACUGCUUGGGCAUUUCUUCUGGACACGCUGCUUCGCAUUUUCAACAUACGCGUGACGCAGGCUUUGUACACCCUCCCAUAUCUUCAGCCAUAUCUACUUCUCGGACCUAGUUCUCCUCAUUUACACUCGAAAAAUGGCAUACUUCCAGAGGGUUUGGCUCACUUUCAGCCAUCAUUUUCAACAUCAAUAGCCACAUCUUCUCCUAUCUCUUCAUACGAUAAAGCUACUACAACGUUAACACUACUAUCUCCAACCUCGACACCUUGGGUUCUUGAUCCGCUGGCGGAACCUAGCCACGCUUUCUGGUUUCACAAUCCACCCCCAGGCGCACUCCACCCAUCACAGAAGCGCAUGCGCAACGUAAUAUUCCCUUCCUGGGUGCGCCAGCAGGAACCCGCGCCUGGCGAGAAGCAGCACAAAGCACUCGCCCCUUUCUCCCCGCGCAUAAUCACCUUCUGUCCUGUCCUGCUUUUCACCCGUUAUGCCCUCACUUUGAGUGCAGCAUACCUCAUACUAUCGGUCCUCGCGAUGCUCGUCGCUGCACCAUUCGAACGGUCUUCGGAGGUUGUAGUUUGUGAUGCACUGCUUAUCAACCCUGGUGUGGCGAGCCUUAUGAGAGGGAUAUUUCAGAUGAUAGAGCCAGGUGCCGCAGUCGCUCGGUGUGUCGUGGCAUUUCCCAUGCCUGCCCUCCGUUGGUCAUGGUCCAUCACGAAAGAAGUAAUCUCCAAGCUCGGUUACUGUCUCCGCACUGGUACAGCGCGCCUUGUCAAGAUCCUAGCAGCGUGCUUCAGCAAGGUUACUCACAUAUCGUCUAUCGCUGUUCAUUACACCACUAUUUUCGUGGUGACUGCACGGAGGUGGCCGCUCUUCAUGCUUAACCGGUUUUAUUCCUUGCUCGCUGCAUGCCUCUGUUGGAUCUCAAUGGGUAUCGAGGCGAUCCACUAUGUCGUGCAGAGGAAACCGGCCACAAAAACACAAAUUCCGAUCAUUACCAUCACGCCUGCUGAAAACGAUGAGACGAGCGCAUGUGAGAGCGUCGAUAUUGCCGCACUGCUGGAGGAAAUCAGUGAUGGAACUACUGGACUCGAGCCGCAUCUGGGGGAUGCAAGCCCAAGUUCCGAAGAUUGUCUUGAAGACGGCAUUAUCGACGAGUUGCAGAUCGAUAAACCCUUGCUCCAUACAUCUUGUGGCCAGAUCAGUGGUGAAGACGAGCUUUUGGUUAUCGAACGACACGCCUUACUGGGCGGACAGGAAGUGCAUACCGAUUGUUCAGACCUCAAAAUCAGGCUAGACGCUCCUGACGAUACCGUGCCUGACGCGAUCACCGGGAAACCUGAGAUUUACGCCACCUGUUCACGGGAUUCUGGAGGCCCAGUGGUAGUUAAAAUCGAGGGUCCAGAAGCCUAUUCGCCAUUAGUGCCUUCCGGGGAUGAUGAAGCAACGGCGACAGCCUCAAUUCCUUGCAAAACAGGGUAUCCUAUUACCCGACUGACGCCAAAAGAAAGAGCUCCUGACGAGCAGCCGAUGUACUCGGAAGGAGCCGUCUACAAAAAAACUAUUCCCGGCAGCGCCGAGCUUGGAGCUAUGAAACAGAAGGGUUUCCAUAAUAAUCGGGAUGUUGUCAAUCCGUGUGUCGUGAUUGAUGUCCCUGAACUGAAAGGUCCUAGUCAUUGUCCAGGGACUAAGUCAUCAGUGGAUGAAUCCCCUAGCGAUCCAGCUGCGGACAGCAUAAAGCUUCAUGGGGUCAUUCAGGCGGAUUCUUUGACACCUAGUCACAGCGCGGCCUCUGAGCCUUCAUUGAUUAUCCAUGGCGAGAAUGAAAGGCGGUUUGACAAUUCAACUGUUCAUCGUCAAGAGAACAGCGAUCAACGCGAAGACAACAGCCCUAACAAGAUGUGCUUGGCACCAGGUAAUGAAAUGUUCAUGCCCGAGGCGAUUAUGGAAACGAAAGAGUUAGCCUUCAUCCCCUCUUCGGCUCCACAGAAGACGCACAUUAAGGAGGAUGUUUUGUUUAUGACGAUGCCCGAGGCUUCGAUACAUGGCGAAUUUUCCUCCGUACAGCUGUCUGCACACGACGAUCAACCGUCGACAUCUCAGAACACCAAGGGAUGCCCUCCAAGUAUGAAGGAAGGCCCUACUAAAAUAGCGUCAGAUGACAAACUUUAUUCUGCAUCUAAUUCCAAUCUUGAAGGUCAGGAGACGAACAGUGAGAUGUGGGAUUUUCUAAAAUUGGGAACGAACGCACCUUUCCACCGGCUCUUGUCCGCAUCUAUCCACGCUCCUUCGGCACAGUCAUCAGAAUCGAUUCAGAAUCAUUGUAUCGGGGAAACUAUCGAGUCCGGCUCCGCAAUGCCCCAGUCAGGAAGACCGCCACACGUGCUUCUUAGCGAGAACUUCUUGAAUCAUCAUGCGGGGUCUUUUACACCCCAAGGCUUAGUUCUGAAAAGUACGUUAAUGAAGUAUGACCCGCCUCUGCGACUCGUUGGACCAGGCCUGGAACAAGGCGACCACGCUUUGAAUGUGAACCUCCCAAACCCUACCCCGGGCCAUUCAAGGAAGUACAUGACUGAUCUACCUGAUCACAUUGCAUUGAAGGCCUAUAGACCGCGGUCCUUGCACUCUGCCAGAGCCUACGCGACUCAUCGAAACGUUCCCCCUCGGAUGACCGUUUCGGGUUCCAAUCACAUAAAAACUCACAGAGGUCCUUCAACACACGGGCCCGUCCCUGAUUGGGCAGCUGAGGCUGCUGCGGAGCGAAGGUUUGUAGAUAUGCAUAUCUCCGCGCCGAAAGUGUAUCUGGGAACGUCAGCAGCCCACGGGGCCUCGUUGCACCAGCCUUCAGGUACAACGACACUACGCAUGCCCAUUUCGGAAGAUAUUUUCAGUCCAGCUCCCCAGCGUGUCACAUCCAAAGUGGCCAGAUGGGCUGCCGAAGUAAACCGCGCGCGAGAGCCUGCAAUGAGUCAAAUUUUCGAGGGUUCUAGUCUCGAUGCGCAGGUCAAGGGUUGUCGUCAGGGUACUCAACAGACACCGCUCCUUCUGAACCGUAAAACAAACACAACGUUAUCACGGGACGAUAUGCCAACUGUUUUCCCAAGCGCAGCUGGAGCUGCUUAUCACAGUCAAGGGCCAGUGUCUUCCGAAUUUGCAAAACGGGCCGUUGAAAUGCGCGAUAAAGAGCAAACAAAGACUGUCCAGGGGCAGUACAACUCUUACUACGAAUCCCUUUGCGCAAGGAAUAAGGAAGAUAUCAUAUUAGAGGCGAGACACAUCAACGCGGAUAUGGGGAAGCUGCCUUCGACCAGACAAUCUCCUACUACAAUGAGCGACCUCAGCCUGAACGAGUGGUUUAGUCGGGCAAGGAAUCCAAUUUCCGGAGACGACAUCGAGAGGAUGAUCCGCGUGCUCGAAAGGGGGGCCUGA